UGACGGAAGUGUCCGCAUCAUUGGUGGGCAUUGGUGCACUGGUUGGUGAAGUGACGACGGCUAUGCUGUAUACGGGUGGUGACGUUCUAACCGAAGUUCAUCAAACUCUCCGUCGACCCACAGGGGCAUUACAUGGUAUGGUUGACGUCGUAUUGGCUUCGAUGCAGCCAAUGGUAUCCUCAAUUACGGAUGACGUAGUCACCCAAGUCGAGACUAUGGCACGUUUGAAUACGAGUGAAUACAGUGGCAUGAUAGGUGAAGUUGGUGACAUGGCAGAAAGCUACAGCUCCUUAAUCUACGGAGUUUUCGCAGUGUUCUCCACUAUGGCGUUGGUCCUGUCAAUAAUCUGCAUCAGCGGCUUGGUGUUGGGGGCUGCAAGGUACAGCAAGUCUAGUCUGCUUACUGCGCGGAUCCGUACAAAGGCAUCAAAAUGGAGUGGCCGUCUUAUGGUUGGAUCGACAACAAUGGCUGUAUGUGUUGCUGUGUUAUUCUGGAUACCGACGGCUAUUUUAUUCAUGGUUGGGGCUAACUUGACUCUGAUGUGUAACACAAUGGUGGAUCUCAGCAUCUUUGACAAGACGGUUGAUAACCCUACUAUGUGGGGAGGCAAGACGUUCUUAAACUCUAUGGUUGAAUCUUUCAUCAGUCUCGGUGACUCACCGCACAACCUCACUGUCCGACAUUUUAUGGAGCAAUGUCAGCUGGACCAUUCUCUUUACGAGGCGGUUUAUACCUCAGGAUUCCUUCAUGACUUGGACAUCGUUGACUUUGAUGCAAGCCCAGAUGAGUUCUUGAAGCCCAUUGAGGAUUUCUUAAUCUACGGAUCGACUGAAGCCAUCACGGCGCUGGAACCUCUUGACUUGAUGGAGAUGUUGAAACCCAUCCUCUCGAAUGUUAAUAUACCGGAGUUUCCAAGGGAGAUCUUUGAAAGCUCCACCCAGAGCCUUCAGGAUAUACUGAAUGCGAUACCACUGCAGCCAAUUAUUGAUAUGCUGGCAGGAUUCAGGAGCAGCCCACUCUUGUUUUUUGUACGCAAUAUAAUCGACGACAUCCUGAAUAUAUUAAAUCCAUUGGGUGCAUUCUUGUCCGUAUUGACGGAUCUUUUGGGAGCCAUUGUCAACCAAAUCCCAUUCUUCGAGGGGGUCUACAAUCAAUUCAAGAAUUACAUUACCAAUGUAAUCGACGGUUCAUCGGGUGGUUUUGACGAGUUGGCCGGCGUGUUGUCGGGGGUGAAUAGGGCUGCAACUACGGCUGUGGGACCUGUCAUAACUACUGUGUUUUCAGUAACAGAGGAAUUGAUUGCUGCACCAAUCCAUAAGAUAAAGCAUGACUUUGGAAAGUGUGGGAUCAUGGCGAAUACAUAUGAAGCUGUCGUGACGGACAUGUGCGGACAUCUCAACUCAGGAAUUCACGCCCUCUGGUUGUCCACUGCGAUCAUCUCAGUGUGCUGUCCUGCCGUUGUCAUCCUGUCCUUCAGCCUCACCAAGUACGUCCGGCGAGCCAACCUAGCAGAUGCAGGCGGGAGAGAGAACGACAAACAGGCCGAUAAAAAGCCCCCAGCGACGGCACCAAAUAACGACAAAGACGGACCUCCUCAAAAGAAACGCCGGGCGUGGCACGUUUUUACCGUGUCUGGUGAAAACGUCGUGCGUCCCCCUUAGAAGGACUUUUAAUGUUAAAAUAUAUUUCUUCUCUCACAUCUUUGAUAAGCCCAGUGAGAAAAGACUUAACUCGCGUUUACUGUUCGCUAGCUCAGCAGAUUCUGUGGGAGCCUACAAGGAGCGUAUUGCGUCAAAACGCCCUCAAAGCAAUGUUCAUUACAAUUGCUUUAUAUCAAAGAUAUUAUUAUUCGUAUUAUAUUUUGUGUAUUAAUAUUGAUAUAAUUAUUUUCUUCACAAUCUUAAAUGUUUUUACAAUUUUGCUCAUAACAAAGUUGAACACUUUUUUACUUUUUCGCUUCUUUAAUUGUGUAACAACAACUUUGAUGUAAAUUUAACAUCCAUCCCUUUUUUGCGAUUAAGCCCACACACCUGAAAUGCAGCCCUAACCUUGAAUUAAACGAACCUUAAUUGUAGGUCAAAACAUGUAAGCCAAGACCAUGUAAGCCAAGACCAACUUGAGGGCAGUCGUCCGAGGGCAGUCCUUUUUAAACCCAUGUGGACCCAUUGUAGCCCCAGCUUUGUUCUUAUGUAGCCUAGACCUACAAAACAUCUCGCUCAAACGGAUUUUGUCUCCUAGCCCGGACCUCCUCAACUUCGUAGACCUUGACCCAAGGCCACACUGCAAUGUAGCCCAGCAGCCGAUUUCAGGUUAAGUGCAUUUUUGAUGUAUCAAAGGCCGAAAUGGAUUUCCCAUCGGGGAUAAUAAAGUGAAUUGAAUUGAAUUGUAAUUUUAAAUUUGCACCGGGGACAAAGAAUAUAAAUUUUGGUUUUUAUCCAUACACCGAUAUGUGUUAUCACUGUAUACUCAGUACUUCGUGAAAUCGGAUGCAGGUGCAGCAAUGUUAACUCAUGUUACAAUGUUUGGGCUACGUUUCAGGACGGUCAGAUGAGGGAAUGGGUUACAUAAAAAUGCUUUAAAAAAACACAUACAAAACCCAAUUUUUUUAAACUAUUAAGUUUCGUGAUUAUAGGCUGAUUAUUAGUUCGUUGUAAAGAAUGUGCAAUAGUUUGUAUUUCAAAAAGAUGAAAAAAUAUUGUUUUUUAUGUGACGACAAAGAACAAAAACACUGAAAUAACA